AUGGCUAGGGAUCUAGAUAAAGCUGAAAUAAUGGAGCCUUUAUUGGGUAUUUUUACAGAAAUAGUUUAUGCAUUGACAAAGUUAACUAAUGAGAUGGCAAAUUCUAGAUCACUUAGCAAAGAGGAAAUAGCUCUUAGUGCUGAAAAUGUCACUAAAGAAAUGACUCGCUAUAUUGAUCUACUUAGUAAGGCACAAAGUGUAUUACCUGAAUCAUCUCUUUCAAAGGUGGAAAUACCAGCUAGUCUUUUGAGACAUAUAAAUCAGUAUAAAUCACCCAAUACAUGGCUCUCACAACUAUUUGAUUUACUAGAGACAGAAAAUAACAAAGCUAGAGGGGAAGCCCUAGCAAUGAAUAGUCUUUAUGAAGCUCUUACAAAGAGACUUGAUAGUAAGAAAGAAUUGCAACUGGAAGAUAUAAUAUUUGGAAAUGAAUAUAUUGAGGAAAUACAAAAUAGUGAAGUAUCUGGUCCUAUUUUACAAUAG